AAUAUAGCCUACAAUGCCAACAAAGUGAUCCUGAUUGCUAUGAUCCUAUACAUGAUGUUGUGCUACAUAUUCGAUAUGACUAGACUAUUUAUUACGCUCAUAACCCAGGCGAGAGUAUCCAGAUUGAAAGACUGAAGCUUGAUCCAAGUCUCCUGUCUCUACAUCUUAACGAUGCAAAUCCCACAGACUCAGACUGUAGCUCUUGUUUCCGAACUUGGAGGCAAGGUGGAAUUUGACGAUAACUAUCCUGUCCCUGUCCCGGGUCAAAACGAGGUGCUGGCAAAGGUCCUCUAUACCGGUGUUUGUCAGAGUGAUCUCCACACCAAGAAUGGAACUGCAGCCGGUGCCGACGGAAACCCCAUUACGAACAUCAAGCGUCCUCACGUUGGUGGACACGAAGGAGUCGGUCAGAUUGUGGCGCUAGGUCCUGGUUGCGGACCUGACUUGAAGGUUGGAGACCUCGUAGGCAUUCGUUUCGCCAGUCGUAUCUGCAGACGAUGCGAGUUCUGCCUCGCCGGGACCGAACAAUAUUGCAUCAAGAGCAGCAAUCAUCUGCACCACGAGGAUGGGAGCUUCCAGAUGUACAUUGCCCUCGACGCGGAUUAUCUGACAAUCCUGCCGGACGACAUCGACCCGAAGGUCAUUGGGCCCGUCUUAUGCGCUGGGGUGACGGCUUACAAGGCCGUUCUCAACGCCAACAUCAGAGCGGGAAACUGGCUCGUUGUAGUGGGUGCUGGAGGUGGCCUCGGGCACCUUGCGGUUCAAUACGCAAAAGCCCAUGGCGCGCUGGUUAUCGGAGUCGACGCUGGUGAUAAACGAGACUUUGUUCUCGGACUCGGUGCUGUCGAGUUCAUCGACUUCAAAUCCACCGACCCUGUGCAGCGUGUUCACGAAAUCACCGGACUGGGGGCACACGCCGUGGUUGUAACAGCUGGCAAUGCAAGAGCUUUUGCCCAUGCAUGCGACAUGCUGCGCGUCGGUGGCACACUGAGCUGCGUCGGCAUUCCUCCAGGGCGUCCUGUGCUGGAGACCCCCAUCUGCACCAUUGUCAUCAAAGGGCUCAGGGUCACUGGCAAUCUGGUUGGCUCGCUCAAAGAAUGUAUGGAAGCGGUUGAGUUGGUCCGUCGGGGAAUGGUCAAACCAGAAAUCAGAGUACGGCCAUUCAGGGAUCUGCCCCAGGUGUACGAGGAAAUGGAGAAAGGUGACAUUUCAGGAAGAAUCGUCCUCCAGAUUGCAGAGUGAUCUUUGUCUUUCGUUCUCGUCUUUGACUGCUGAAUAAGAAUGGUAGUUCGAUCAAUGAACGUGGUCAGCUUGCUCUGAGAUACUCUCUUCUUCCACAUCUAGCCUCGCAAUAAG